GGCACCCAAUGACGUCGACUUCAAACUGCGCCAGAUUCAUGCGAACCACCAGGUUCAGGCAUGAAGGAUGCAUGCCGUCCAUGAUGCUGGAUCCCUUCCCAGGUUGGGAAAGGUAAUGGCAAGCUUCUCAAUGUAACUCACCACUUUUCCAUCGAAUCUCUAGCGGCUCUGCCGUACCUUUCAUCAUCCUCUCAUCGGUGUGUACAUAGUCUCGCAGCAGUAGCCUCAUUUGAUUCGCAUCUUCUUUUUCUCUCUUGGUUGCUAUACAUGAUCUUAGUAGAAGAGCUUCACUGAUUACCUGGCUCACACACGCUUAAACUCCUGACCAUUUGCUCGGGCAAAAGCUUUGGUUAGCUGGCCCAUACCAGAACUGUUCUUCCUCCAUGACAGAAGUGGUUGGCUCAAGAGGAGUAUAAUUCAAGAUAAACAUGAUGCUUGAAGGGUUGUCAAAAGUUCUCCUGGUCGUGGGAUUGUUGUGUUCGAUCGCCUCAGCUCAAUCGGGCAACGCAUCAACAACCUACAAGACUCGUUUCGACGGAGUCACUUGGGACGCAGCGAACUGGAUACUCACCACUACCGAGCUCGAUCAAGGUCACUACCAGUCUCGAGCAACAGUCGCAAACGGCUAUCAUGGCAUCAAUGUAGCUGCGUUGGGCCCCUUCUUCGAAGUCGAUACACCAGUCGCUGGUGACGAUAUCAAUGGCUGGCCACUUUUCGGUCGAAGACAGACGUUCGCUACCGUUGGUGGUUUUUGGGACUCUGAGCCAAAGCUCAAUGGCACCAACUUCCCUUGGCUGGAUCAGUAUGGCUGGGACACUGCAAUCAGUGGCAUUCCACACUGGGGUGGCCUUGUAGUCGACCUUGGUGGGAGCAAUUUCCUCGCCGCCUCGACGAACAAAUCCACCAUUAGCGAUUUCAAGUCAAGUUUGGACAUGAAGAAUGGAUUGAUGAACUGGGCGUUUACCUGGACCCCUGGUGGUGGUCAUGGCUCUUUCAACGUCUCGUAUCAGAUGUUCGCACACAGACUGUAUGUCAAUCAGGGCUUUGUCACACUCAACAUUACAGCCUCCAAGGCCACCAACGUGAGCGUUGCCAACGUCCUCAAUGGUGAUUGUGCAGUACGAACCACCCCGGGCCAAAACGGCGUCGAUGCAUCAAACCCGGACCUCAUAUUUUCAUCAGUCUCUCCGAACGGCAUCAGCAAUGUGACGGCCUGGGUGUAUGCUGCGGUGUCUCACAGCGGAGCCAACGUCAAAUCCAACCAGUCGAGCACUGUAGGCAGGCCAUACGUCGGAAACAAUGAAUCGUCUGUUGCUCGUUCCUACCAGGCCGGUCUGGAGGCUGGAAAGGUGGCAACAUUUACAAAGUUUGUCGGUCUCGCGUCGUCUGACGGCUAUCUCCAACCUCGAGCUGUUGCCAGAGACGCCGCACUGAAGGCGGCGAGUGCUGGCUACAGCGAGUCAUUGCAGAGUCACACCCAAGAGUGGAACACCAAUUUCCCUACCACUUCGGUCGACGACUUCUCCUACCCCGAGAACGGAACGCUGCCGGACGACCCGUACAUCAUUGAAGCUGCCAUCGCAGCGGUGGCCAAUCCAUAUCAUCUCCUCCAAAACACAAUAUCCGAGAAUGCACUCACUGCGUCCGACAAUUCCUCGAUCAACAGCCACAGCAUCGCCGUGGGCGGACUCGGAUCGGACUCGUACGCCGGGCAGAUCUUCUGGGAUGCCGAAAUCUGGAUGCAACCUGGUCUGGUGGCAGCGUUCCCGGCAUCCGGACAAGGUAUAGCCAACUACCGUGUCGAACGGUACCAACAAGCCCUCGCAAACACGAAGACGGCGUACCAGUCGUCACAAAACAACACCAACUUUUCUAGUAAUGCAGCCAUCUUCCCGUGGACGAGCGGCCGUUUCGGCAACUGCACCGCGACAGGCCCCUGCUUCGACUACGAGUACCACAUCAACGGGGACAUCGGUCUGGAGUUCACAAACUACUGGGUUUCGUCCGGAGACACCUCCUUCUUCCGCGAGUCUCUCUACCCAAUCUUUGACUCGGUCGCCACCCUCUACUCGGAGUUGCUCGUCAAGAACGGCACGCGCUGGGCGCUCAAGAACAUGACCGACCCGGACGAAUACGCCAACCACGUCGACAACGGUGCCUUCACCAACGCCCUGAUAAGCCAGCAUCUCAGCUACGCCAACGACUUCCGCGGCAUGUUCAACGGAACACCCAACUCGACGUGGGACUCGCAGGCCGACAACGUGAUUAUCGCACGCGACGCCGAAGCCGACAUCACGCUCGAGUACGUCGGCAUGAACGGCAGCAUCGAGGUGAAGCAGGCCGACGUGAUCCUCAACACCUUCCCCUUGGGAUUCACGGGCCAGAACUACACGGCACAGGACAGCCUGAGCGACCUGGACUACUACGCCGCGAAAACGUCCAUCAGCAGUCCGGCCAUGACGUACGCCAUCUUCAGCAUCAUCGCGAACUCGGUGUCGCCGUCGGGCUGCUCGUCGUACACCUACCAACACGCCUCGACAUCUCCGUACCUUCGUGGACCUUGGUUCCAGUUCUCCGAACAGCUCGUCGAUAGCUUCCAGGACAACGGCGGUACGCACCCGGCGUACCCUUUCCUGACGGGCCACGGUGGGAGCAACCAGGUCGUGCUGUUCGGGUACCUUGGCCUCCGUCUCGUGCCCGACUUUUCUCUCCACGUCGACCCGAGCCUGCCCCCGCAGAUCCCCCAGAUCAAGUACCGCACGUUCCACUGGCACGGGUGGCCCGUCGGCGCCUUUUCCAACCAAACGCACACCGUGCUUUCUCGAGGGGGCGGCCUCGAGCCCGCCGAGGGCGCGGUCCCGAACGCCACGUACGCGGACUCGCCCAUCCCCGUGCUCGUGGGCACCGUCGGCUCGGAACCCCGGGCCCGACUCAGCCUCGCGCCCAACGGCAGCGUGACGAUCGAGAACCGACAGAUCGGCCUCGUCAAGACGACGCAGGACAACGUCGCGCAGUGCCUCCCCGCCACCUCCCCCGACGAGUACCUGCCGGGCCAGUUCCCCAUCGCGGCCGUGGACGGCGCGGCGAGCACCAAGUGGCAGCCCGCCGUGGCGAACAAGACGGCGAGCGUCACCGUUUCGUUGCCGGUCGGCUACCGAGUGCGAGCCGUUCAGUUCGACUGGGCCCAGGCUCCUCCCUGGAACUACACCGUCCUCUUCCACAACGAGACCCUGAAGAGCCCGAGCGCGGUCGGCGCGAGUUCCGCGAACGGCGUGCUAAAGGUCGCCUCCGACGAACGUGUCAGGAUCAACAACACCUACAACGCCACGGAGAUUUUGGACAUUGGUCCACUCGAGAGUAACAUCACCACGUUCAACGUGCCGGCCGAUCAAACAGUGUACACCAGCAAAUACGCCACUUUGCAGAUAUGGGGAAGUCUGGCCAACGGCACGGCCAACGCCAAGAACAUGGGAGGUGAAGGCGCCACGGUCGCCGAGUGGAGUAUCAUCGUUGACGGUUUGAGCCAAAACCAAAGCGAGUCACACCUGAAGAAGCGGGAUCUGGGUGGUAAUUUGAAGACGAGAGAAGCAAUGAAUGCCGACGUGUUGUUGAAGCUGGGUAGGGUGGCUAGGUACAUGGAAGGGAGGAAGAGGAUGGAGAGGGCAAACGAGAUUUGGAUUUGA